AAGUUACUACAUCAGAACUCCUUCCGAGGUAUAAGGAGGACGUGUCUAAUAACUCAAUUGCUAUAAACCUAUUGUUAUUUUUCUGGUAUUAAACAUCUCUUCAGCCUCAGAUUGAUUGCAAUGUUCUUUCUCCUUCGUUUCAUCAUUCUGAUCGAUGUCAAAGAUUUUGCACUGACUGAUGCUGGUACAGUCACGUCUUUGUGCCACAAAGGAUAUUUUCCCUGUGGGAAUCUUACCAAGUGCUUACCCCGAGCUUUUCACUGCGAUGGUGAGGAUGACUGUGGGAAUGGCGCGGAUGAAGAGAACUGUGGUGACACCAGUGGAUGGACGACCAUACUUGGCACAGUCCAUGGAAAUGCUGACAUUGUGACCUUAACACAUGAGUGCCUUCUAAACCCGUAUCCACAACGCUGUGACUGCAAGGAAAGAGAACUGGAAUGUUUCGAUGCCAACUUAAAGUCUGUGCCAAUGAUUUCCAGGAAUGUGACGUUACUGUCUCUCAAGAAAAACAAAAUCCACAGUCUUCCAGAUAAAGUUUUCAUCAAAUACACAAAACUUAAAAAGAUAUAUCUUCAGCAUAACUGCAUUAGACACAUAUCCAGGAAAGCAUUUUGGGGCUUACACAAUCUGCAAAUAUUAUAUCUCAACCACAACUGCAUUACAACUCUCAGACCUGGAGUCUUCAAAGACUUACAUCAGCUAACUUGGCUAAUUCUAGAUGACAACCCAAUAACCAGAAUUUCACAGCGGUUGUUUACUGGAUUAAAUUCCUUGUUUUUCCUGUCUAUGAUUAAUAACUACUUAGAAGAUCUUCCCCAGAAGCUGUGCACCCAAAUGCCUCAACUCAACUGGAU